ACCCCUUCUGCUUUCUUAGCCAAAUGACCAAAAUGUCCAGUUAGAACAAGAAUUCAGCAUUCUGCAAAAGAAGUUAACAGCUGAGAGGAAACAUUCUGAAAUGGAUCCCAAAUAUUUCACCAUAAUUUUGUUUUGUGGACAUCUGAACGAUAUUUUUUUCUCAGAGACAGAAGCAACUACAACAGAGAAGCAACCACAGUCUACUUUACUUAGAUCAUCAAGGCCAUAUGUCUCGGCUAAUUCUCAAAGCACAAUAGAGAAUCCUUCGGGUCAGCCAACACAAUUCAACAACCUUUCUUCUGGACAACCAAUAACAACUGCCGAAGUUGCCGCUGGACAACCAACACCAGCUGUCUAUGUGUCUUCUGGGAAACCAGCAGCACAUACUUCUACUGGACAACCACUUGCCUAUAAUGUCACCAGAAAACCAAAACCAAUGGCCAACACCUCCUCCCAAGGAACAGCACUACCUGUGUUCACCUCUGCCAGACAACGAUCAACAUCUGCCCAUUCUUCUACCAGACAACCACCACCAUCUGUCUAUACUCCCACUCAACAACCAUCAUCUACCCACACCUCCUCUAGAAAAUCAAUACCACCAACUGCUCAUAAUCUAUCCAUACAACCAACACCAACUGUCAAAAGUUCACCUAGGAGUACACCAGGAUUCAACCUAGAAACUACCACUAAAAACAAGAGCCCACAGAAAACCAAUUCUAAUUCAAUAGCGGUCAUAUUAAUUGGUUUAGUUCUGACUUCUAUGGUGGUAGCUAUAAUCAUGAUUGUAUUGUGGAAAUGCUUGCGAAAACCAGUGUUAAAUGAUCAAAAUUGGGCAGGUAGGUCUCCAUUUGCUGAUGGUGAAACCCCUGACGUAAGUCUGGAUAACAUCAGAGAAAAUGAAGUGUUCCCAAAACGCACAUCAAUUGUUUCACUUACGGCCUGGAAACCAAGCAAAAGCACACUUUUAGCAGAUGACUUAGAAAUUAAGUUGUUUGAAUCAAAUGAAAACAUUGAAGAUUCUAACACUCCCAAAACAGAGAAAAUAAAAGAUCAAGCAAAUGGUACAUCAGAAGAUAGUGCUGAUGGAUCAACAAUUGGCACUGCUGUUUCCUCUUCAGAUGAUGUAGAUCCGCCUCUACCACCUCCUCCCCUUCUUGAUUUGGAAGGACAGGAGAGUAACCAAUCUGACAGACCCACAGUGACAACUGUAUCUCCUCUUCCAAAUGAUUCCACCAAUCUCCCACCAUCUCUGGACUGCCUCAGUCAAGUCUGUGAAGAUCAUGAUUCUGAGUUCAAACAGUCAUUUCCACCUCCCCCUGACUCACUUAACUUGACCCUGCCUCUAGGAGAUUUUAUGACAAACCAGGAGAUCCAGUGUCAGCAGUUCCCUAGUCCUCCUGACUCUGAUCAAAAUCUCAAUGAAUCCCUGCCACCCCCACCUGCAGAACUGUUAUAACUACUACUUGCUUUUUAGCUGAUUUUCUAUUCUUCUCAAAGGACUCCAAUCUUUUGUUUUUCUUCACGUGAUGAAAUACAUUAAAUGGCAAUUGGUAGCCAAUUUUGAUUUUUAUUCGGGAACUACCUGAAAUCUGCGCAAAGCCUAUGUGCAUAAGUGGAACUUUAAAAAAAACUUAUAUAACAGUGGUCUAUUUACUGGCUAUAGGCCCUAACUUUAAUGUACAGUACAUUUU